AUGAACUUUGGUGAUCUUCAAUCUGACGAUGGACUUGUUUUGCUCAAUAGUUUCCUUGCUGAUAAAUCAUAUAUCGAAGGAUAUUGUCCAAGCCAAGGUGAUGUUGUUGUAUUUGAAGCUAUAAAAAAUGUUCCAUCGGCUGAUCUUGAAAAUGUUCUUCGAUGGUAUAAUCAUAUUUCUUCAUUUGAUGAUGCUGAAAGACAAAAAUUUCAAGGUCAACGUCAAUCGCUUGAAUAUUAUAAACGACAAGAUAAUCAAGAAAAACAUGAAUCGAAAUUAUCUUCUGUUAAUCCAGAUGACGAUUUUGAUUUAUUUAGUAAUAAUGAUAAUGAAGAAGAAAGUGAAAUUAGAAAACAACGUGUAAAGGCUCAUAUCGAGGAAAAUGCGAAAAAACCAGCUCCUAUUGCAAAAAGUGGAAUUAUUCUUGAUGUUAAACCGUGGGAUGAUGAAACAAAUAUGGAAGAACUUGAAAAAAAUGUUCGUUCAAUUGAAUUAGAUGGACUUAUUUGGGGUACCUCUUGCUUCGUGCCAAUUGCUUACGGAAUCAGAAUAUUAAAAAUUGCUUGUGUCAUUGAAAAUAAAGUCAGUACGGAUCUCCUCGAAGAACGUAUUACUGAAUUUGAAGAUCUUAUUCAAUCUGUUGACAUCGCUUUAUUUCGAAAUACGCCACAGAAUGAGGAAAAAUCAUUCCUUCAACAUCUUAGUGUUCUGGAGUCAGCAGAUAUAAAUUUGCCACCCCCAGCAAUGUCAACAUUUAAGAGUAACCCAAAUACGCCUGUCUGGUCAACAGAAGAUGGAGAACACUACUUUCGUGACCUUGUCAUCCAACCACUCCUUCAAAAAGGUCCCGCCUGUGUGUCCACUUGUCUGGCCAUGCUCACCGGUAAGACACCCAAAGACUUUCAAGGCAACAUAAAUACGCAAGAUCCUGUUUCUUGGUCAGCUGCCCUGAAGCCAUAUGGAAUGAAAUUAGCUUAUUGUCCUCAUGAUGCGCGCAAAAUGAAGUUUUACAUCGAAGAAUUGAUCACCUUAGAUGACCUAUUCGGUCUCAGCUUCUAUACUGCAGCAGAUCCACAGAAUAUUUUGGCCGAUCCAGAUGAAACUGGCUUUGUUACUCAAUCGCAUUUUAUAUUGCUACAUCGGGACAAGAUCUAUGAUCCAAACGGUCCUGGAUGCGUACUAGCACGUGAUCAUCGCUGUAUCGACUAUCACACCAAGCGCAUUUUUCGAGUUUUACCCGUUACACAUGCUCGCGGCCUUUAA